AUGGGUGCAACAGCGGCCUCGGCGUUGGGGUACACUCCUCCGGACGGCGGCUGGGGCUGGGUGGUAGUGUUUGGGGCCUUCAUCUCCAUCGGCUUCUCCUACGCCUUCCCCAAGGCCCUCACCAUCUUCUUCAAGGAGAUCCGUCAGCACUUCGGCGUCUCCUACAGCCAGAUAGCGUGGGUGUCCUCCAUCAUGCUGGCCGUUAUGUAUGCAGGAGGUCCUGUCAGCAGUGUCCUGGUGAACCGGUUUGGCAGCAGGCCGGUGGUCAUCACAGGAGGGAUCAUGUGUGGUGUUUCUAUGGUGGCGGCUUCUUUUAGCAGCACCAUCACUCAUUUAUAUAUCUGCGUGGGGAUCGUUGGAGGCCUCGGACUGUCCUUCAACCUCCAGCCGUCUCUGACGAUAAUUGGGAAGUACUUCCAGGUCAGGAGGCCCAUCGCGAACGGCCUCGCCAUGGCGGGAAGUCCAGUCUUCCUCUGCACUCUGGCGCCUCUGAACCAGUUCCUGUUCGAUCGUUACGGCUGGAGGGGGGGGUUCUUCAUCCUCGGGGCCAUGCUGCUGAACUGCUGUGUGGCUGGAUCGCUGAUGAGGCCUUUACGUGAUGUAAUAGGGGGCGCUUCAGCAGGCAAACUGCAGGCUAACGGAGCUGGGAAGCUGAACGGAGCCCCCAGUGGAAAUGGAGUUGACGGCCAAGCUGCUGACCAGACUCCCCAGCACAAGAAGGGCUGCAUGAACUGCAUUAGCUGCUGCUUGAACUUGUCUCUCUUCCGGCACCGAGGCUUCAUCAUUUACCUAAUAGGAAACAUGCUGAUGUUUUUCGGCUUCUUCUCCCCAAUGAUCUUCCUGGCGCCGUAUGCCAAGCACCGCGGCGUGGACGAAUAUUCGGCCGCCAGCCUGCUUUCGGCCCUGGCGCUCGUGGACAUGAUUGCCCGGCCUGGGACUGGCCUGCUGGCCAACACCAGGUGGGUCCGGCCCAGGGUCCAGUACCUCUUCAGCUUCGCCAUCACCUACAACGGCGUGUGCCAUCUGCUGUGCCCGCUGGUGUCUGGGUACUGGGGGCUGGUGGCGUAUGCGGUCUGCUACGGCCUGGUGUACGGCAUGGUUUGUGCCCUGCUCUUCGAGUGCCUUAUGGAUCUAGUCGGACCCCGCAUGUUCUCCAGCGCCGUGGGACUGGUCACCAUCCUCGAGUGCUGCCCGGUUCUGCUAGGACCGCCCAUUGCAGGUGCGCUGGUGGACAUGUUCGGAGACUACAGCUACAUGUUCUACAUGUGUGGAGCCGUGAUGCUGACCGCUGGCCUGUUCCUCUUCACCAUGAACUACUUUAACUACAGACGGCUGGACCGGGCCAAGCGUGCCCAGGAGAAGAGCGCCGAACUGGAGGAAAGGAGAGGACAGUGUGAGGUCCAACAGAGUGACCGUGUAGUGGAAGAGCACAAUCAGAACCAGGCAGAAGACAACGGGGCACCUCAGGCCAAAACAGAGACCGAAGACAGUCCAGUGUAA